AUGACUGCAAUAGGUGUGGACAGACUUCUCGCCCUGUCACUGGGAUUGAGAUACAGACAAGUUGUUACCUCAAGGCGUGCUCAAGGCACUGCCAUCUCACUUUGGUUCAUAGGAUCUGGAGGCGCUAUUAUGGAGUUGUUCAACUACAGAACUGCGUUAAUUUAUGGUUCCUUUCUUGUUUUACUGAGUAUUACAGUCUCAACUUUCUGUUACCUCAAAAUUUACCGAAAACUCCGGCAACAUCAGGGGCAAGUACACGGAAAUAUUCACCAAAGACAAGCAAACCGACCUGAGCCACUGAACAUAGCACGAUAUAGGAAAACAGUAUCCAGCGCAGUGUGGAUACAGUUAUCACUGAUUGCUUUUUACCUGCCCGGGAUUGUUAUAAUCACACUGGUGGCCUCCAGAGGACUCGACCCAAUUCUUCUUUUGGUUUGUAUCUGUAUAACUACUUUUAUACAUUUUAACUCCACUUUAAACCCAGUUCUUUACUGCUGGACAAUGAGAGAAGUGAGACAAGUCAUGAAAGAUAUUCUGCGACAGACUUUUAGAUUCUAA